AUGUCUUAUUUUAUAAAUGAGCGACUAAUUUCCAAAAAAACUGAUUUCAAAAGUGCUCAAGUUGCCAGAGCUGCGGAAAUUAAAAAGCAAAUUGCUGAUAAACAAAAUGCACUGCGUUCAAAGCAAAAUAUCAUUGAUUUAGGAAGCCCGUCCUCAAGUUCCAAAAAUCAAAAUGACCAAUUACCGUCAAAAAAAACCUCGGAAAUUAAAAAGCAAAUUGCUGAUAAACAAGACGAAUUGCGUUCAAAACCAAAAAAUAUUGAUUCAGGAAACCCGUCCUCAAGUUCCGAAAAUCAAAAUGACCAAUUACCGUCAAGAAAAACCUCUGUUGAAAAAUCAAAGAUUGAUCAUAGCUCGUCCAUACCACAAACAAUCAAGGAACCAGUUCUCAUGUCUCCAUUAAUGGAUGUGAGUGACUUUAUUCCUCAAGAAACUAAUUUUUCUAUUGGAAACGAAAUUCUGACAGCGGACGCAAAUGUAGUUUGCAAUAAUUUAUCUUGCAAUUUACGAAUUUUUAAUAACGAACAAACAGUUAACAAUGUAACUAAGCUUUUGGAGCAACAGUUGAGAAUAGUAGAAGAACAACGCAUUGAGAUACAACAUUUAAAUGAAAAUAUCAAAGAGUUAAAUGAGAAAUUGCAGCAAAAAGGCGACGAAUUUCAAGCAACGUUGCUCAAGGACAAUAACUCUACCACUCUCCGUUCUCCAUAUCCUCCUUCUGGAUUUUUGCGAGCGUCAGAUGAUCACAUCCAUCUUGGUAAAGGAAUUUGGCUGCCAAAAGUAAAGUACAAUGAAGCUUGUAACGCAGACUCACCCUCUCUUUUUGUAAAAAUGAUGUGUGACAUGCUAUUCACACCUGAAGAACUUAAAGAAUCUACACUCACAGGAAAACCUAGUAACAGGCAAAAAAAAUCUCCGAGGAAUCCAAAAAAAUUGGAUGCAACUAAAGUUUUAAGCAUCAAAGAAAUAACAAGACACUGGUUGGAAACUUGUGUGCAUUAUUCUGAUAAACUUGUGGACAUAGAAGUGGAAAGUGUAAAAAAAUACAUUGGUGCAAAAAUUGCAGAUUUGAAUCGACCUUUGAUUCCAAAACAAAAGUCAAAGAAAAAAAAGAGUAAUAAUCAUGUUGAUCAUGAAGAAUCAUCUGAUAUUCUAAAAGAAGAAAUCAUAGAUUUAGACUCGGAUUUGGAUAAUCUUCCAUCAAGCGAAAGUGAUGACAAGGAGGAGACAGACAAUGAGAUGGAAGAUGAGCUAGACAUUGAGAAUCCUGGUGCAUCCAAAAUGGCAAACUUCGACGAGAAAUUAGGAUACAUUGGAGAUUUAGCAAAAGAUUCUUAAACAUGUUUUCUCGUAAACACUUUAUAAAGCUUUUA